GCGGCCAGAGAUAUCGGGUGCGCAACGAUAGCGGGUGUGAGAGGCCCCGCGCUGGGCUCUCACAGGUCUGGCGAUUGGGGGCGCGCGUUCACCGAACACGCGUUCGAACACGAGAUGCUCUCUCGAGUGGUGGCCGAUCCUCUCGGCAGCGGAUCCUCUCCGCAGCAGGUCCUCCCUGCGUGUGUGUGUGUCUCCUGUCAGGGCCCACAACGGGGUGUGUCUGACCUUCCGGUGAGGGCGUAUCUCUUCCGGGGGCGGGGGUAUCGACACGCGUUGACGGGGAAUGCCGCCGCAGCGUGUUGGGCGGUGGCCACAGAUGCUCUCUGUGGGUGUACUCACGCACGGAGUCAACGGAGUGCUCCUCCGGAUCCGUCCACCCGAUGCCGACGCAGAGUCUCCAGAGACAACACAAGGCUUAUAUACACGUUUGUGGCUAAGGCGCAACGUUGGCGAAGCUGUCGAUCGUUGAGCACAUCCGCAGUGGUCUUCGGCGGAGAGUAUAAACAAUUGGGUUCAUUGAAGUCGAUGGAGUGGAAGGACAUCACCGACCGGUCGAUGCAAUCGAUACUCAUCACAGAAAUGACACGAGGAAUGGGCGUCGCGUUGGGACAGAUGUUCAAAGAGCCGGCGACUAUCAACUAUCCCUUCGAGAAGGGACCCAUUAGUCCGCGCUUUCGCGGCGAACACGCCCUCAGGCGCUACCCGUCGGGCGAAGAGCGCUGUAUUGCGUGCAAACUGUGUGAAGCCAUUUGUCCGGCGCAGGCCAUCACCAUCGAGGCCGAGGAGAGGGCCGACGGGUCGCGACGCACCACCCGUUACGACAUCGAUAUGACGAAAUGCAUUUACUGCGGCUUCUGUCAGGAGGCGUGUCCGGUCGACGCCAUCGUCGAGGGACCCAACUUCGAGUACUCCACCGAAACGCACGAAGAGUUGCUCUACAAUAAGGAGAAACUGUUGAACAACGGCGACAAAUGGGAGGCAGAGAUCGCCGCCAACUUAGAGGCCGACCAUCUCUACCGUUAGGGCGCCGACGGCUUUCAAAUUGUUGUUUUAGAUAUUAAUUACAUGUAAAUUUAGGCAUUGAUUUAACAAAUAU